CUAUAAAUUUUGAAACCGAAACGUCUUAAUCAUGCAAUCGCAGAAAAGAAGAGAAGAAAGAUGGGAGCAAAGGGUUGUGUUAACGUUCUCCUCAAGCUUCUAGUGUUUCAAGGUCUUUUCGUUUCACGUCCUCAAGAAGACUUUGAUUUCUUCUACUUCGUUCUUCAGUGGCCUGGAGCCUAUUGCGAUACAUCGCGUGCUUGUUGCUAUCCAACAUCCGGUAAACCCGCUGCAGAUUUUGGUAUCCACGGUCUAUGGCCUAAUUAUAACGGUGGUUCAUGGCCAUCAAAUUGUGAUCCCGAUAGCCAAUUUGAUAGAUCUCAGAUAUCGGAUCUCGUAAGUAGUUUGAAAAAGAAUUGGCCAACACUAUCAUGUCCAAGCAACGAAGGGUUCAACUUUUGGGAACACGAAUGGGAGAAACACGGUACAUGCUCCGAAUCCGUAAUGGACCAACAUGAGUACUUUGAAAAUGCUCUUAAACUCAAACAAAAAGCAAAUCUCCUCCAAAUCCUCAAAAACUCCGGAAUUAAUCCGGAUGAUGGAUUCUACAAUCUGGAUAAGAUCACCAACGCGAUAAAAGAUGGAAUUGGAUUUACGCCAGGAAUAGAAUGUAACAAAGAUCCGGAGCGUAAUGCCCAGCUUCAUCAGAUCUAUAUUUGUGUUGAUACGUCAGGAACUGAGUUUAUCGAAUGUCCAGUUUUGCCUAGAGGAAGCUGUCCAUCUCAAAUCCAGUUUUCUAAGUUCUAAUUUAUAUCUUUACGUGUUUUCAGUUUCGUUGUUAUGGUAGAUCUUAAUUAUGUAUUUUUGCUAAAAGUCUUAAUUAUGUAUUUAUGUGUCUCUUAUCUUGUUAUCUUUUGUAACUUCUCUUCUCCUUUUUAGAGUCCAAACCAAAUUCAUGGGGAUUCUAAAAUCUAAAAUUCAAAUAAGAUAAACCUUCGU